AUGAGCGGGGAUAAAAGCAAGAAGGGACGAGUCCAGUCUCGGAAUCCAGAAGCACGACACGAAAGCAAAGUUUGCGGAACCCACCCGGUCGAAGAAGGAGGGAAGACGGCGGAUGAGACCUUGCCUGUUACGAUUAGCUCACUGAGGCAGGUGGUGGGUGAAGUAGUGGCGGACGGCACGCGAGACCUCAAAUUAGAACUGAGAAAGGAGUUAGCGCAAGUGAAAAUGAGCGUGAAAGAAGAAAUGAAGGACCUCUUGAACGAAAUGACGUCUGAAAUAAAUCAACAGGUUAGCACCGCUAUCAACAAGACAGAGGAGCUAGCUAAGCGCCUCGGAGAAAUUGAGAAAGGCAUGGCGAAGGAAGAGAGAUGGGACUGUGGAGUGAGAGAUGCUAUUGCCCAGUUGCUGAGUGAACAGAAAUUGCUCCGGGAGAAAGUUACGGAUUUGGAAGGGCGCUCACGCCGGAAUAACCUGCGGAUAUACGGCAUUCCUGAAAAUGCGGAGGGUACCUCGAUGCUGAGACCUAAAGUUAUCACAGCGGAGAUGAUCAACAACCUUCUACCGGUGGAUGUGGUUGGACCGCGACGCGGAGGGAGCGCGCCGGGCCUGCGAGAGAAGGCACGGGAAAAGUUGAGGGCUUUCCAGCGACCGGGCGGAGAGGACGUCGUUGUUGAUGAGUAA